AUGCAUAGCGAAACAUAUCAAAACACUUUUCUAAGAUAUUAUUUUGACUUCGAGUCCAUCCUAAUCGUCUGGUCGACCCAGGCCUCUCUAUCGCUUCAAUCCUCUUCGGCUAGCUCUGGAUUUUCAGGCAUCCGACCUCCGGGUAUCUAUCGAUUGGUCUGCUUGCGCGAUGAUUCUGAGUCGGAGCCAAAGAUGCACACAACUGACGCAUCUACUUCCCCCGGGCUCACGAGCUGCUCAGGAAAAAUUGAUCUAGUCUUAUCUCGCGAGCUACAUCUGCCCACUGAACAUCGAGAUUCCCACGACAGCAAUAGUUUUGAUGGUGACAUCAGUUCAAGCGACUUGGAAAUCAGCAGUUCGCCGCUCUCCUUUACCAUCGUUCAGACGGCUAUCUCUCCGUCAGAUUUUUAUCUAGCAUUUGGCAUUGCUAGUGGACUUGUCUGGAUUUACCAGAUGGAAACACUCGCUUGGUCCACUUGUUUCUCCACUGCCCUGGCCAAGGAAGCAGCGGAUGCUCCCAGACAUUCAAUCUCUGCCUCUGCUUACAAGGCAAGUGAUACAUGA